UGGGCGUGGCCAAACGAUAGUUCGGUUGCGCUGGACGUUGCCCAUCAACUUUUGCUACUCCUGGCUGAGCGGCUUGUUGCUGUUGAAGCUAGUUAGCUGCCGUGAGCGCGUUCAACACACUCGUGUCGUCCCGUGGUGCGUGUCCGCUUUCUGUGUCUCGCUCCUGGCUCCUGCAGUCGUCGACAGUCCGGCGGAUUCCCAGAAGUGACGAGCGGACUCCAUUUUCUCAGCCCCGCGGAGACGGAGCUAGCUGAGUUAGCUGUGUUGCUAGGCUAACUUUCCUCUUUUUUUUUUUUAGCCAGAGCGAGCGAGCAGCUCGCGGGAAACUGUCACACCUGACGACGCUUUCGACUACCAAACACUCCCAGCAUGCUGAUGGUGGGAGGCAAUGGACGGAUGCACUAGAAUGAGUGUGAAGGAGCUGUGUGAGACCGAUGACCUGGCCACCGGUUUGGUGCUGGACCCCCUGCUGGGCUUCAGCACCCACAAAAUGAACAUCAGCCCCCCUCCUGAGAUCCGGCGUUGGGGUAAUCUCAAAGAGACCCUGUUGCGCUUUCAGCGUACGCAUGACUUCAAUGCUACGUUUGAGGCGCUGACGGUGGGCGAGCUGGCUGGUGAUUACUUCAGUGCUUUGGGAAGUCACCGUCAGGAGCUGCUGAGGCAACAUGUGUAUCGCUACCUCAGUGCCUUCCUGUUGGAUAGCGGUAUCAAGAUCGAGUCCUGUGACCGAUACUCCUCAGAGACCAAUGGAGCAAAGAUAACCUCAACAAGGCACUGGUUUGCAGGAGAGCGGGUGGAGGUCCUGCUGGGCUGCAUAGCAGAGCUGAGCCCCGCUGACAGUGCCGUGCUGAGGACGGGAGUCAAUGACUUCAGUGUGAUGUAUUCCACGCGCAAACGCUGCGCUCAGCUCUGGCUCGGGCCUGCAGCUUUCAUUAACCAUGACUGCAAACCAAACUGCAAGUUCGUCCCUGGUGAGAAGAAUAUCGCUUGUGUUGAAGCCAUUCGACCUAUCUCACCUGGGGAGGAGAUCACAUGUUACUAUGGUGCCAGCUUUUUUGGGGAAGGAAAUGAAAUGUGUGAAUGCUGCACCUGUGAGAGGAACGGAGAGGGCCACUUCAAACACAGAGGGAAGCAGCCUGAAUGUGAAGAAACAAAGGACCCCGUGGGCCAAAAGUACCGUCUGAGAGAGCGAUAUCUUCGUCAUCACAGAGAGAAGGGUCACUUUCCUACACGGCAGAUAAUACCAGGAUUACACUCAGGUAUCUUUAAAGCCAUCCCCUCAAGGAAUUCCUUUACCCAGCAGAUGAGGAGAAAUGCCUUGAAGAACAGAAAAUUUAGCAAAUCAAAGAAGUGGAGACGGGAGCACAGACGAUCAGGAAAGCACCCGCUGACAUCCUCCACGGCCAACCAGUGUCGGACAGUUCCACUUUUAUCCCAAGUUACUCUGAGGGACCUCAGAAUCAGAGUACGGCGCCACUCAGUGGAUUUCUUACUCCAUUGUAAGGAUCCUAAAAGCAAAGAAAGGGCUCUGCUUCAACAACUGGAGGAAGUGAAGCCCCUGAGUGAACUGAAUACGACUGGUGAAGGGAAUAACAACAGUGAGGUAAACUUGAAGCCCUUCACUCUAAAUUCCCCCAUGUCUGUUCAUCAGAAAAGUAGACCUGCAGGAGGCAGCGCAGGCCUUAAUGGAAAGUCUGUUAAAGUGGUGGAUAGGCAGGUGGCUCUGAGGACAUCUUCGAGAACAAGAAGCAUGGUUCACAACACGGUGACACAUCAAACAGUGUCCAGCAACACAGCCAACACUAAGACUGUUUGUCACCCUGUUCAAAUUGACAGAACCUGCAAUGCAAUAACAAGCGAGAAGACUGAACAAGCAAUGACCGAGAAUCAAAGCAACAAGUGCAGCAGCGGCGUUGAAUCCUGCAUCAUCGACGUGGAUCAAAAUCCUGCUGAGCAAACCGAGCACAAGACCAGCGUAGCGUCAUCCGUGUUAGAAGUUUGUCAGAGUGUCACAGAUAGAUCGAAGAAAGCCGGAGACAAUCCAUUAAUAUCACUGAAGCAAUACCUUACAGUCAACCUAAUAAGGUUAUCAGUGCCACAGAGUCUAGAAGCAGAAAAGACUCCUGAAAACAAGAGAGGAAGCGUGGUGCUAAGAGGAAGGAGCAGGCAGAGUCUUAGACCAGCGGCCAUGACAGCACAGUCAGAAAGAAGAGUGUCCAGAUCUCAGCAGAGGCAGGGAGGAAGUUCAGAGAUCUGCACAUCUGAAAGCAACAGAGGGGUGAGAGAAAUGUUUUUCAAGGCCAUUAAUAAAGUAAAUUUAAGGAAGCGACAUGCAAGUGAAUCUGUUGGUGAUUUAUCCCACAGUGAGAAAGGGGAGAAUGACAAGGUUAUCGAAAUCCAAACCGUGCCAGAAGAAAAAGCUGAUAUACAAAAGGAGCAGCAGGACAUCGUAAAAGGCAGACUUGAAGGGCAGAAAGAAAAGAGAAAUGCUGCAUCUACAGUUAAGGAAUCUAAAAGUAACAGAGUCCUGGAAGAAGUGCAAGAGCAUGAAUGUAAAGUAGUGCCCAGUGAAAAACAAAAUAACAUGCAAUGUAUUAGAAAUAUAGUCAAUGAUUUAUGUAAGGAGGAGGGAGUUGUUAAACUAUCAGAACAAAUGGCUAAGAGUGUGAAUAAACAACCAGCAUGUAGGCUUGAAGAAGAUGUUGUUAUAAAACAGGCAAAGGUUCUGCUAUCUGAUAUUUUAAGAAAGGAUAAACAAUUAAUAGAUAAGCAAUUUCUAGGAGGAACUGUAGGAAGAGGAUUUUCUACCUUAGCCUCUAAAAUAGAGAGCGCUGAGGAGGAAGAAGAACAGACUGAAAUAAGUGGAGGCAGAUCCAAUUGUUCAGUGCAGAGGAGGAUUAUAAGACGGCGAAUGAUGAGGCCUAGAGCAGCGAAAACAAAAGCAGAAGGUAAGCAAAGCACCAAGGGACUCUUGAACAAAGAAGUUCCAGAUAGAGUAAAGACAGAGUUGAGCGAGGAAACUUUGCAGCUUCAGUCUCCACAGAUGCAUAACGACCCACCGGCCACCUGCCUCAACCCACUACCUCAUAAGUCACUAAUUUCAGCAAAAGCCACGACCAAUCUGCAUCCAGACACCAAUCUGCAUCCAGACACCAAUCCACAGGCACACAUUCAGUCCAACAUACCACUGAAGAAGCGUACAUUUCGUAGUAAUGUGGAAGUAGGUUUGAAUCCUGCUUCGGAUCGGGCUUCUAAAGAAGCUGCAGAGCUAAAUUCAUCCACAGAGUUGACGCAGGGCCUAACCACAUGUUCAGAUGAGAGUAGCAAAGUAAAAAGAGACUGUAAAGGUAGAUGUAGGAGAACAGAGGUCCAGAGGUUAACCACCAAAAGGAUCACAACAUUUAACCGAGUGCUUCGCUCCAGAGCUAAUGAAGUCCAACGGAGCCAUUUAUUCAGGAAAGUCCGAAAGUGUAAAUUAGAGAGGCUAGAUGAGGAUGACAUUAACAAGUCUCAGACACUACAAAGUGAUCAUCUUGCAAAUGACAAACAUGCUGAUUAUCCUGCUGAACUCCAACAGCACUGUGGUAAAAAUCCAAAUGAAUGUCUCAAGGAAGAUAGGGUGGAGACGUUAAUCCAGCAAAGUGCUUCGGAGGAUACGAAGCCAGACCUCAAUUUUAAGAUUCGUUUUAAAAGGAGGAGAGGGAGAGUAUGGGAGAUGCAAAGAGCAGGAUUUGAAAAUCUGGCGUUAAAAUCAGAAAAAGGAGACGAGAUGACAUGCGAUCCUUUUAAAGCCAUCAUGGAUUCGGUGUCGGUUUUAAACAUGGAGAUGGAGGCAGCUCAGGCUCAUGUGCAGGCUAGUAAGAAGUCAAAGCUUAGACUGCAUCGAUUGAAAAAAAGAGGUCAGAGGCUCCGUGAAAGGCAAACCGUAAACGUCCCCUCACACGUAAAAUCAGACCAAGAUCUUGAUAAUAGCGAAAAAGUAUGUGACGCGCCCAGAGACAAAGCAGAAAUUAAAGAGAAGCUCGACGUAGUCAAGGUGCUGCCAGGAAAAAUUGAGAGUUGUACAGAUGACGGUCAUGUGUUGUCAGCUCAAGGGCUAGAAACAAAAAUUGAAGAUCGUUUUGUAAAGAACUGCUGCUUGUUUGAAAGUGGGUCACAGCAGAAACUUCAGCCAGAAUUGGACUCAAAUGGUCUUCCAUUACCCGUAAUUAAACUACGAAGAAAGACAGAGGAUAUUUGGGAAGUGGACAGCAAAGAGGCUCUUCGACACACUGAUGUUAAAGUAGAGCCCAAUGUUAAGAAAGAGAUGAAGGGUCACAUUAUCGGGAAACAAAAGAAAGAAUGUCUUGAUUUUAGCAAAUUUAAGGAAGAGUGUCCGUCUGCACAGAGACUGAACAGCAACUCAGACCUUCUGAAAACAGAACCACCACCGUUUUCCUUAUCUCUGUCACCACUGUCUCUGUCUUCCCCUCUUAGCGACAAUAGAACUGAAGUUAUAACCACGGCUGCAGAUACAGUCAUUGAAAGGCCAGAGAUGAACAGCGGAGGAAGGAAACAGAGGCAUAAAAUGGAGAGAACACGCAAGUGUGGGCCUGAAGAAACACCCACCACUUGUCUUAGUCACACUCUCCAACAAAUUGACAACAGUCUCUCUCGGCUUUCCGAGGGCUUGUGUUCAUCUCAGACUUUGGAAAAGCCGACCGCCUGUUCCAGUGCUUCUAAUUCUGUCAUCCAGCCCCCGUCCCAGUCUCCUCCAUUCACAACUGGAGAUAACAUGCUUUCUGGUGAGCCCAGCUUCACAAACUGCUGUGAUGACAUCCUGGACUUUCAGUGUCUCAACUUUGAGGGGUAUUAUCAGCCACAGAAUAUACUUCCAUCUUCCCCAUCAGAUCUUUGUUCAUUGGAUCCACCCACAGAUCCUUUCAGCAGUCCUCUCUCUCACAGCCCUUCUGAUACAUGGACCACUGAAACGCCAUACCUUGGCCCUCCCAGUCCAGGAAAUAACUUUACCAGUGAGGAUCUGCAGUUUUUUCCAGGUCUAAUUUCUUCCAAAGGUGACUCUGUUCCUCUGGAAUGUGACGCGAGGGAUACCUCCAAAGACAGAAACCUACCAAACCCCAGUUUCAGUUUUUCAACACUUGGCAACUCUGACCUAACUGCUAAGGAUCGGAUUAUAAGUAAAAAUCCAGGAAUGAGGCUCUGCAGAGAAACUCAGCCCAUGUCUGUAGUCAACAAGCCUCGGCUGUUUGGUACAACAUCAUCUGUUACAUCUCAAAAUCCUCUUACUUUGACCCAACAGCCCAUCAACAUCAAGGCGAGCACUAGUCAAUCAAAAAUCCAGUCUAAUCUCAGAACCCAGGGCCCCUUCCAUCGUAUGACCAUUCCUAGUAAAUCUCAGCCUUUUGCAAGUAGUCAGCCAAAUGCAGUCAGAGGAGUGUCCCAGAGUUGCUUGCCUAAAUCCGUCCCAUCAUCUCAAAUCCCUAACAAAUUUGUUUCUCCUCAGCUUUUCACUGUGAGAAAUCCCAAUCCUCCUGACAAUCCAUUCAAAGCCCAUGAGAAACCAUCUUCAGUCAUUCACAGGGUGCUUAAGUUUCAGGGGGGGAACCAGAGUCAGAACUUGUAUAGUGCACCCUGCAAAGACACCCUGGCUGCUGGCAGUCCAACUAUCACAUCCCGAACACCCAUCUCCAGAUCUGGUGCUAUUGAGAAGCAGAGUCAAAGUCAGAAACUAGGUGUUUGCACAGAUGGUCAUCACAAAGGCAACAUAACUGUUCAAGGAUUUGCAAAGGAUGUCGACCAUCUUGGUCCCUCCAGCCACCCCAGCAGGUCACACCCUCAUUUCAACAAACUCAACUCUUUUGCUCAGUCCUUUAGUAAAAGUAAGAUGUCUUCUGAAAAACAUGAAAAUGUUGAAACCAACAUGACAUACAAAAACCUUUCAGCGCUACCAAGACCCUUCUUCUUUCCAAGCAAAAUGUCUGACGGUUAUUCAUCGCUACAAGACAAGAGUUUAAGACAGGAUAAAUCCUCAACAUCUAGCUCAGACAAGCCCCAUCCAUGUUACACUCAGCAAGACCCUUUUGAUUUUAGCUUCGGCUCGUCUCUUUCACCCAUGUCUCAGCACAACAGCCCCCAAGUGAUCCACAGUACACCUCCUGGUACGCCAGCACCAGCAAACAAGAGUCAGUCCUCAGCCUCUUUCCCUUAUGGCUAUCAAGGCCCUCCUUACGUACUAAACUUCAGUGGAGAUCAUUCAUUGACCCUGGGUCUCAGGGAUGGGGCUGAUGGUUACCCAGGUUUAGGCUCGGCAAACUACACCUACCACUGCCUGAUGGAACCUUCAGGCACCCAAGGCCGGCUGGUUCUCGAGCCCUGUGAACCCCAGUUAUCUAACCCAGCAUCCUUUUCCUUGGGUGGCUUUUCUGGACUCAAAGGUCAGGAUGAACUUUACAGAAAGGAUAUGCAGCAACAGUGCCAGCCUGGGGAGCACCAAGGCCCACCACACUAUGGACCCGUACCAUCGUCUCACUCCAUGGGUGCUACAAAACCCAAGAGAGUGAGGUUAGUGGUGACAGAUGGCACAGUAGACUUAGAUCUACAGUACUCGGAUUGAUUUAUACCCACCGGAAUCACUGGAUCCUAGAUUACAUUUGGAUCUUGUUUUGCUCGUUGGGGGGGGGGUUAUGAUGUUUUUGUAAACACUGUAAUUCAUAGUCUACCAGUUAUUAAAGCCCGCUGACUGAUUGACAUUUUUCUAAAUCAUUAUUUUGAUGGACUGUUAAUGUAUGAAUGACAUGUACAGGGUUUUAUGUAAGCUGGGCGUAUCAGCGUGUUUUAACUACUGUAUGAUUUUUAAAAAAUUAAAUAUCCACUACGAUUUGUUGAGAAUACCAAAUUAAGAAUGCAUUUUAAAAAAAAAAAGCAUUAAUAUAUUUGUGACUAGAAGUUUGAACUUACAUGCCCUGUAAUCUUAGAAAGCCCUCUUACUGUACUGUAACAUAUCUGUAUGAAUUUUUCUAUACCACGUAUGGCGGUAGAAACAGGAGCACCAUCAUCGGUUGCUGGUACUUGUAUCGGUUGGUUUUAAAAAGGCAGCUUUGUGCCUCAGUCUUUGAUAUGUUCUUGUGACUUUUUGAAGCACCCGUUGAAACAGUCCACCCUUGUUUUUAUACUCACAGUAAGCUCUUUUCUCACUUUGUGUGUGUGUGUGUGUGUGUCUGUACCUCUGUGUGCGAGCGUGUGCAUGCAUUUGGCAGGUCUUGAGGGAUCAAAGUAAAGGUGUGUUGGUGUGUUGUUAUACCUGAUCGUGUGACUGUUGCGCUGCCUAUGUUUAGUAAGGUCAUAGUCAUUAGUGCAUCAAUGGAAGGUUUUUGCAUGAGAAGUGUACAGUGAAAUGAUUCAGAUCUUUCUAAUGGAAGUUUUCCCAACUGGAAGUUUAAAAGAAACAUUGAAAUAUUACCACCUUACAUCACAAAAAGUGACAAUCUUCUCACAGAGUAACUCACUUUUGUCAUUUAUUUGGCCUUUUUGUUUUUCAAAGAUGUUCACGAUUAUUAUACAGGAAGAACAGAAGAAGGAUAGAUUAUUCAUCACCUACAAUAGUUAGUCUUAUUUUGUUGUUGCUGAUGGAGCUACAUGUUCAUAGGUGUUUAUAUUGUAAGCAAAGUUAUUUGCUGUCGAGGUCACACGAGCAUUCGCCUCGUGUCACGAUGUACUGUAUGUUAAACCCGAUUGACAUCACCGGGCAGGAGUGUUCAGUGUGACUGCGCAGCUUUACAUUACUACCAUGAAAAUGUACUGUCUUGAUACGGAAAGGCCAAUUAUUUAUUUUAAUAUCCUCAUCCUUGAAAUGGUGCUUUAAUGUAAUUUAUAUUUCACAUUGAUUGUUCGAACUAUUAAAUGUUUUCUAUUAUUAUUUAAUGGUACAAAAUACUGAACUGAAUAUUUACAUUGAGUAUUUAAUUUCAAAGCCUUUUUGACAUCUUAUCCAGUUUUUCAGUUGUUACAGGCAAAAGUUUAUCUGUCUUUUUUCUAAUUGGCAGUUAGUCUUACUCAAAGUCUGCUGUAGAAAUGUACAAAUGUAGCCUAUAUCAUUAAAGACACUUAAUUCUUUUUUUGUA